AUGCCCGACUUGCACAGUCUCCCGGAUGGCUGGUUGCCAGGAAGCGAUAUCUUGCGCAACAAUGGUCCAGACAACCUUGUGAUAGAGCGACUCAACUUGCGAGAACUCGCAGAAGGCCGGCCGUGUUACAGGGACGCGUGCGAAUGGGAGAACUUUGCGUCCAUUUUUCACGAGGACGCCUACGUAUACACUACGUGGUCCGGGCGAGUCAAGUACACCGACUUCAUCGAGGGGUCGAAAGCUGGCAUGGACAACGGAGCAUUCAUCAUGCACCGCUGCCAUGGCGUCACCAGCGACAUCACCCCGGACGCAAGGCGCGCAGUCACCAAGAUGAAGGCGACCAUAACACAGAGGUUCGUCAUAGACGGGUGCGAGGUGGACGCGGAAGCAGACUGCCGCUUCAUCUUCUUCUUUGAGAAGGAGGAUGGCCGGUGGGGCGCCCGGUUCGUCCGUCACUGGUACGAGAAGGACAAAUUGAUACCCGUGAACCCUGCCAAGGUGCCGGUGCUCGAUGGAGAGAAACUCAGAUCGUACCCCGAUGGGUACAAGGUACUGGCAUAUUGUCAAGAAGCCACCAUGGGGGUGUCGGUCCUGAAGGAUAUGCCUGGUCAUCGGCGUCAUGCGGGUACAGCGUCUGGUGACAAGCACGAUCUUCUCUACCGUCAGGCACGUGCCUGGCUGGAAGGAGGUGAGAUAGAAAUCUAG